AUGCCCAGACUUCAUCCCAAGCUUCACCAACAACAAGAGCCAAGAAAUCCUUCCUCUGAUGGUUUGUCUGAGCUUCAAACUAUCAACAUUCUACAUGAUUCAGUGAGGGAGUUAACAACUAAAGAUGAGGAGAUAAGUGGGGAAAUCAAGCAGCUCCAUGGUAAAGUCAGAAGUUCCUCUCCAAAGAAAGCAAGACAAGGAAGGGAGUUUAAGCACUUGGUGAUAUUCCAACAAAUGAAACCCACCCUCAGCCCAUCCCAAGUUAAGGGGUUCGAUUUUUUUAGCUCGAAAGAAACGGAGAUGGAUCAGAAAACGAGGGAGAAGAGUGAGGAUAAGCAAGUGAAGAAGAAAGCUAAGUUAGAAUGGAGACAAAGGGAUUGUGCAAAGCCAAUUGGGGAAGUGAUUAAACGUACUGGUGGCAGAGAAAAGAUCACAUGUCAUUAUGAGACAUUCGAGUUUCAUGGCAAACGAUAUGGACUGGAAGAUACAGUGCUUUUGGCUCCGGAAAUCUCUAACCAAAACAACUAUGUUGCGAUCAUCAAGGAUAUUUAUGUAAAAGAAAAAGAUGGACUUGUGAAGUUGGAGGUGCAAUGGUUUUACCGUCGAGAAGAUAUUAAAAUAAAACAAGUUGGAAAGUGGGAAUCUGAAGAGUCAGGGGAGAUUUUCUUCAGUUUCCAUCGUGAUGAAGUGUUUGCUGAAUCUGUGAAGCACAAGUGUCUUGUGUAUUUUGUGCCAGAUGAUAAGCAAAUUUCAAAUUAUAGUGAGCAUCCCGACUUCAUCGUGAAAAAGGUUUAUGAUAGUAUCAACAAUAAGUUGAGGAAGUUUUCUGAUAAAGGCUUUAAUGUGCGUCAAAAGGCUGAGAUUAAUAUUCUCGUGGCAAAUACGAUUUCGAGGAUUGGUCAUCUCCUUGACAAUAAUAAAUCCCAAACGACUGAGAUUUCGAGGCGUAAAAGAUCAGUUAGGAAAAGAUGUGUCUCAUCCAAAACUGAGAUAGAGAGUUCUGGAAACAAUGCUGAGGUUAAUCCGGUCUCUGAGAAGUUAGAAUCAUUACCAUCCAGUGAUUUUGAUCGUGACAAGAAAAUGACUGAGCUUUUGGAAGCACUACUUCAGCACAUAUGUUGUGCAAGUAACGAGAAGCAAGCUGGCGAUGUUGAGUUUAUGUCACCAGAUAACGUUAUUGUGGUGGUAUUUGCUCUUGAGGAAGCUUUAUAUGAUUCUUUUGGAGAAGAUACACCAAUGUAUAAGUAUAAGUUGGAGCUUCUGGUUGAGAAACUCAAGAACUCACCAGUAUUAGCUAGAAGACUUCUCAGGGGCGGAUUAAAACCUGAACAGGUUAUAAAGAUGAAAGGCUAUGAGCUCUCACUGGCUGAUUUUGAACCAAAUUUGGAGUAAGAUGCUGGAUCGGAUUCACCUCCAAAAGUGUUGGGCUUAAAGAUUCUCUCCAAGGUUAAUGAAGAUACUAACUAAAUAACAUAUUUAGUUGUAUCUUUCUUCUUCUUCUUCUUCUUCUUAAUUGUUAGACAGAGUUUUUUUUUCGUACAAUUUCCUUUCGAUAUAUGUUGCAGAUCAUAACUUAUUUU